AUGGCGGAGAAGAGACAGGAAUAUAAGAAGGGCCAUCAAGUUAAUUUCAACCACGCUGAGUCAGAAUACAGGUCACCGGUGGAUGAUCAGUUGACUUGUACUUUUUGUCGGAAGAAAGGCCACGUAAGGGAGGAAUGUCGUCAACGGAAAAAUACGCCGUAUUGCGUCAACUGCGGAGAUUACGGGCAUGAAAUAGGGCCAAAAUGUGCUAAUAAAGGCGCAUCCAGCGUGAAAACUUGUAGUUUUUGCAAAAAAAUUGGACAUGAGAAAGAGCGUUGUUUUAAAAGACUACAAACGGUGUUCUGCAAGCAGUGCCAAAUUAAAGGUCAUGAGGAAAAUCAGUUUUGUUUUCAGAAAGCGCAACAAGUCGCGCGUCCUCAGAGAGAUGGCAGAAAUUAUCAAAAUACUACUUCGUCUAAUCUGUCAAAUUUCACAACUCGCAAUUCUGGGUUGAGCCAACAACCAAACCGAGGCCCUAAUCAGUAUGAACGAGGAUUUUCAAAUCAAUUUCCACAAUACAGACGUGAGUAUCGGCAACCACAACCUCGUAGGUUUGAGAACCGGCCUCCAAACGGCUACACGUCCUCCAAUGUUUUCAUACCACAAGGAAUACGUGACCCCGAGAUACGACGGGGAACGAUGUCUACAAAUCAGGGAAACUAA